UUGAUAUUGUCUAAUUUUAGACAAAUUAUGCUUUUUGAGCCUUUAACCUUCAAGAGGAAGGUGGAAGCAAGCGUAUGGGAAAGGAAUUUAGUAGACGAUGGCGUAACAUUCACCCCUUAUCAGAUGAAGUACAUGUUCGAAUGUGCCGAGUCUCGAACAACCUUUGAUGAAUAUGCUCAAAACUUGUACUUGGAUGUUGAUACUAAGAGGGCUGCUCUAAGAGCUUCUGCAUCUGUUGUCAGUAUUGUAUCUUAUUUAGGUGAGAAGGAAUUAAAUCAAACUUCUGGAACUAUUAUUGAAAGUUAUGAUAACUGUGGUGUUAUAUUGACCUCUGCCAAUUUAGUCAGGUGUCCCACUAAUCGGGGUUCUAGAGAAGAUAAUGUUAAGGUUAUCGUGUACCUUUCUGAGAGUGAAUCAUUUGAGGGUAAGAUAAUGGCAUGCGAUUUCCAUUACAAUCUAGUUGCUAUAAAGAUUCAGUCCGACACUCCAUUGCGAGCUGCAUGUUUGGCAAAUUUGGAUGAUUCUUUUAUAACGGAUCCGAGUUCACUCCUCGCUCAUAAACAUAAGUCGUUUGAGCUUCGUCCUCAUUCAACUUCAUAUAAUCUUAUUCCUGGGGUUGCAGUGAUUGCUCUUGGCCGCUUUUUCUCUAAGAGAUUUAAUCUCAUGGCAGCUCCCGGUAUAUUCAGGCUUGGCGAUUGCAAAUAUGGCUGUGAAGAGCUUUUCAGUACAACUUGCAAAAUUACAAGAUGUGGUAUUGGUGGCCCACUUAUCAACCAGUAUGGAGAAGUUAUUGGAAUCUGUUUCUAUGAUUGGUCUUAUACUCCAUUUUUGCCAAUCAAUAUAGCUUCCAUAUGGUGGGAUCAUUACAAAAAAUAUGGGGAACCACGUCGACCUAAGCUUGGCAUGAAAGUGGCUAAUCUUCACACAACUGAUCUUGGUAUUUUAGAAAAUUUCUGUCAAAUGUUCCCAAACAUUUUCAGAGGUAUUAUUGUUGAGAAGGUUCUACUAGGGUCUUCUGCUCAUUCUGCUGGAAUACGACCCGAAGAUGUUAUUGUUCAAUUUGAUGGAACAAAUGUUCAAAGUUUCUUUGAGUUAUUUGAAAAAAUGUGGAGUAAAGUUGGCGACAUUGUCGAGGUGGUUGUGAUUAGAGCAAACACUGAUGAUCCUUUGCAUCUGAUGAUGCGCGUGGAUGAGGCAACUGAAGUUUACGAUUGGCCACUUUUUGAAUCCGAACUAUGAAUGUCGGAGGAAAGAUGCUGAUUUUGAAAGUCAACCCAUCGAAGGGUACUUUGUUCGAUUGCUCUUGCUUCAGCAGAUAAAUCUGGAUUUAGGGGAUCAUUUUGGUAGAGAACAAUUGUGUAUAGUUAAUUAUUUCGAUUCUCAUGGCUUUUGGUGGCUUUAUGUUUUGACUUCAUUUUGGUAGAGAACAAUUGUGUAAUCAUGAGCAGUUCUUUAACAUAAUUAUUAAAUGUGUUUUAAUCUAA